UAUUUGUUUAACGUCUCUUGGACCAUUCACCCCCAGAUCUCCAAUCCCUCUCAUUCCACUCCCAGCCCCGCUUGGAUGCAAUGAGAGCAUCCUCAAAGCUCUCGUCCUCAUCCUCCUCAUCGCCCUCGUACUCGCCGUCGUCACUCUCCACCUUCUUCACCUUCGUCUCUGGCUUCGGCUUCGGCGCCGGCUUGCCCUUCUUGGCAGUGGCCUUUACUCUGCCUUUCCCCUUACCCUUGCCUUUGGGCUUCCCGUCCUCCUCGUCUGACGCUUGGUCUGCCUGCUUGGCAGCCGCGACGAGGGCGCGGGCGGUGGGGUCGGUGAAGUGGGUUAGCCUAGAUGGGAUGAUAGUCAGCUUAUUGCCCCAAGUUCAGAGCGAAGCAAGCAGAAGGAUGGGAGCGAAGGAAGUUAUAGUGUGCAGAGCUCAGAUGACGAUUAAAUAUGAUAGUUUCUCGUCUUCUGAAGACCAAGGAAGUCCAGAGCGAAGCAAGUUAUCGCGUGUAACCUCGGAUGACGAUGAAACACGUCAACCUUUUGUCAUCCGAAGGCAAACGAAAAUCUGUGCGCAACACGGAGUUUAUCGUGUUGACCUUGAGACCGAAACAUGGAACUUAUGCUGAAGUCGAGAUCGAAACAAGGAGAUCGAAACGGGGAGGCUGAAGAAAGCAAAUCAUGGAGGUGAAGAUACGACCGAAGCAAAACUUUAGAUCGAGAGGGCACUUACUGGUUCUCAAUGGCCCCAGCACUGCGCUGAAGGUGUGGACGGUCAGCCACAAGCAUCCGAGACUUUGCGGUAUUCUCUUUUCCUCGUUGGUUAUACGAGGUUUCGGCGGUCAUCUCACCCUUCAAAUGAGUAUGAUUUUGGAAAAAGGAGUUGAAGGCACGUUCGAUCUCCUGCCACUGGAUGUGCGAGUAUCUGCCACCAGUUGAAGGAGACUUCAAAUGAGAGUCGAGGAGGGAGAGGAGCUUAGUUUGCUCAUUGAUAGUCCACGGAGGGCGAGAUACCCGCUUCUGUCCCCAAGU